AUGAAGAAACCAGGUGCAGUGGAAGCAUGUCCUUUGGAGUCCCAGGUUGCCUCUGAAGUACCAUCAUCACCUUCUUCGCUUCCCAAAGAAGGUGGCGAUGGUGAUGACAAGAGCAAUAUGAAGAUGAAGGAGAAAGUAAUUGUCUUAAUAGACGAGCCCCAACAAUCACUAGAGAAGGAGAAGGAGGCUGCGGUGGGUGGAUCCACCAGCUCUGGUGUGGUGCUUGAUAUGACACCUUCCAACCAGGGUCCGCCGGGUAGAUCCAAUCUAGAACUCGCUCUUUUCAACUCUUCGUCGUCUCAGUUAGUACCAGAGGUGGUGGAGGUGGAGGAGGGCUCAGACGAGAACCCGGCGGCGCGUGAUCAGAAAAAGGAGCCCAGGGUUUUCAAAUGCAACUUCUGCCAGAGAAAGUUCUCGACCUCCCAGGCCUUGGGAGGGCAUCAGAACGCCCACAAGCAGGAGCGCCAGCUGGCGAAACGGCGGAGUCAAGCAUUUGAUCAUAUGGGUGGAUUAGGGCACUCGCACUUUCCUUAUUACAGCCCAUAUUCAGGCUUCUCCACACACUCUCUCUAUGGAUCUUACAACAGGUCUUCUCUUGGUGUCAGAAUGGACUCCAUGAUUCAUAAACCUUCUUAUACCCCGUGGUCCCAAACUUACGGCCGCUUUGGCGUUGCCCUCGGCGGUGCUGCCAGCGGCCUCGGUGGAGGCGCUUCUGGCUGGUCGCGGCCAGGCUCGAGCCUCAUCAACUGUAUUGAUCAACAUAGGCUAACCUCCUUGCAAGGCCUCCAGAAUAAUAUCAAUGAAUUAGGGCUUGCUGGACGAACUGCUACCGCUCCAAGAUUCGAGCAGGGGAGUACUAGUGGUCUUCAAAACUUUGGUGGUUCAAAUCUGUCAGCUCUCAACAACAGGGUGCCGCCAACAAAUGGUGCUGAUCUUCUCCGACAAGCAGAGCCUCCUCAAUGUGAUACCGAUGGUGCUGGACUCGAUCUGUCCCUUAAGCUUUAG